UCCUUCUCCCAGACAUCACCGCGCGUCGUCCUCCUCGCCCUCCAGGCUUCCUGCGUUCCGCCCGAGUCUGACCACCGUCCUCUACCUACUGCCGCUGCUAUGCUGCCAGCCGCGCUGCUCCGCCGCCCCGGCCUGGGUCGCCUCGUGCGCCAGGCUCGCGCCUACGCCGAGGCUGCAGCCGCCCCAGCCCCCGCCGCGGCCCCGGGACAAAUGUCUUUCACCUUCGCCUCUCCCACACAGGUGCGGACGCCAUUCCGGACCCCGGUCCAGGUCUUCUUCAAUGGCGCCAACGUCCGGCAGGUGGAUGUGCCCACGCAGACAGGAGCCUUCGGUAUCCUGGCAGCCCACGUGCCCACCCUGCAGGUCCUGCGGCCAGGGCUGGUUGUUGUCCAUGCUGAGGAUGGCACCACCUCCAAAUACUUCGUUAGCAGCGGCUCGGUCACAGUGAACGCGGAUUCAUCAGUUCAGUUACUGGCUGAAGAGGCUGUGACGCUGGACAUGCUGGAUUUGGGGGCGGCCAAGGCAAACUUGGAGAAGGCACAAUCGGAGCUGUCAGGGGCAUCCGACGAGGCCAUGAGGGCUGAGAUCCAAAUCCGAAUCGAGGCCAACGAAGCCCUGGUGAAGGCUCUGGAGUAGGCGGUGCGUGCUCCUCGCCAGUGUCUGGAAACCAAGACCAGAGUGGGACAGGGGUUGGAACCAGCUCUCAUGGGUCCAGUAUGAGGGUGGGGGCAACCCCUCUGGGAGGUAGCCAUCCUUGCCAAUGAGGCCACCGGGGGCGGGCAGCAAAUUGCUAGCUUCUCCCAGAGCAUACCCCCUGGGCCCAGGCCUGGUGGCAGGGGUGAGCUCAGAGACCCUGCUCUGCUCUUGGGAGGACUGUCACCUAGGGGAUUUGCCUCCCACCUCCAAAGAUCCCACCAACCUGACCUGCUGCCCUCCACUCUCGUGCUGUAGAGACCUCUUCUCCCUACUGCCUCCUCUGGACAGCUUGUCCCCAGUGUGCACCCCAUUAAAGACCAGGGACUCCA